GUUUACGUGUCUGAAAAUUACAAAGGAACUAGUCGAGUGAGACAACGACGUUUAGUCUGGUUGUGUCCACAUGCUCCGAGCAGUGCUUUUGUUAUUUGUUGGAGUUGGUCACUUUGGUGGUGGUCUUGCCAAUGAAAAUACUUGUGAUGUGUAUAACCAUGAUAUGAAAGAAAGUGUCAGUCUCAACUACAGUUGCACAUCACAAAAGCCAGGUGCAAAAUGGCACAUUACAUUCACUUGGACAGGCAAAAAGGGUCUGGCAAAUGUGAUGAAUCAUUCUCUACAUGAUAUCUAUUGUGUACGUUGCAUUAUUGCUACAGCUCAUAUGAGGACCUGGUCAAUCAUGUGGAAAGACCUAUUUACCUUUGGUGACGUUCAACCAAGUUGUAAAACUUUACCGAAGGGUACUGUGAGUGAUUCCAUAAGUUUGCCUGCACCAAUAAAAGAAUAUGUAGUUUGGGUGUCUGAUUUAAAGAGGCAAACUUCUGCUGUCACAUACAUAAAUAAGUGUAAUCAAGUCGACUGCGAUUGGAGCAAUGUACAUAAAGGUGACAACAGUGUGGAGAUUAGUAGUCCAAAGUUGAAACUCGUUGAAGACAAGGUUUUUCUUCAUUUCUGCGUCCACAUUGAUGAUCCCAGUCGAGCAGAUGAUUUCAACAACAUUGUGACAGUAACUUUAAACACUCGUCCAUAUGGUUGCAAUUGGACACUACCAAAAGUUGCUAAUGUGAAUCUCUAUUUUGAAGCUCAAGUGGCAGUACUGAAGGAAUCAUGUAAACAGUGUUCUGAAACACCAAAUAUACAUUGUGUAACACCGGGUGUAAAUAUGGCAAUUGUAGUGAAUACGAAAUAUAAUACACAAAGUUCACUUAUUCAAUUGUCGGGAAAUAAAGUUCCCAGUCCUACAAUUCCUUCUACAGAUGCACAUGUGACCACAUCUUUUCCAACUAGAGCUGAUCAGCCAAUAGUGACAAGUUCAAUCACUCCUCUAAUUCCAACUACAGCAGUAGUCAUCAACACUUCUCUUCCAACUCAAACUACUCAUACCAACAGCAACACUUCAGACCUCAAUUCUACCAAUUGGUCAAGGGAUGUUUCAUCUCAGACAACUGAACAGAUUAAUGGAGAUGAUAACACCAUUCCCCUGGCAAUCGGAGUAAGCGGGUGCGUUGUUGUCAUUGUUCUCAUUCUUGUCAUUUUGGCUCGUUACAUUUACCCCAAAGUAAAUCCUCAUCAAAGGUCAUCACCAUCUUAUCAGAAACAAUCUGGCAAGAACUUUGUUGUUGUUGUUGAUGAGGAACGCUCUCAAUGUCAAAAUAGAGUCACCAACCAAAGAAAGGAGCACGACACCAGCAGAGAGCUUGAGGCAAUAGUUAUCUAUCACCAAGGAAAUGAACAGAAGGCACACUACGCACGAAAUGUGGUUCUCACAGGUCUUCGUGAUAUGGGCAUUAACUGCACAGCACCUCAAUAUGAAACUAAGAUAAACAUUGACAUCUCCAGAUGGGUACGAGACACCUUGCACAAUAUCCAAGCUGUUGUAGCUGUCUGUUCAGAAGAAUUUUAUGAUGCAUUUUGGUCAGAAAACAAAGUCAGUGACACUGCCAGUGCUAUAAUCUAUGAAAUUGCUUCCCAAAUUAGACCACAACAAGGAAGACCACUAUUUAUUUCAGUCAUUACAGACAGCAGCGAAGAGAAAUAUAUUCCUGACAACUUUCGUAUCAAAGCGCCUAGAAUUUGUCUGACAUCACUUGAUGAGUUUGAUAGACUGGUGAGGCUCAUAAGGAAUGUGCCAGAGUAUCAGCUUCCUCCUCUUGGAGUACAAUUGAAAGUUCCCAGUCCCACAGAUCCAGAAGAAAUCAAAAGUAUUUAUGACCAAAGUCUUGAAUUGGCAUGGAGGAAAAUGGUCAACAUCAGGCCUUCGUACUACACGGAAAAUGAUGACACAGACAGUGAUAGUGUGAUCUCAGUAUAAUGUACAGGACUACAGGGAAAGUCACAAGCCUCAGUAUCACUUAUAUGGAACAAUAUCAUCUGAUGAUAGAAUACUACCAUGUUGUAUUAAUAACUUAAUUAAUUAAUCACCAUACUACAGUAGUUCACUUUACAUCAAGAAUAUUCUAUUUGUAUAAAAUAUAGCUCAAGAAUUAGAACAAACUGUUGAAGCAUAUACAGAAUCUGAGAUAAUACCUAACCAUAUAGUAUACGUACUACAUCGUUCAGAACUUGUCCUCGCAGUCCCAGUGCUUCUAAAGAUAUGCGCACAAUCCGCGAAAACCAUUUCUUGUACCGUCGACGGAGCCAAAAUGUCCUUUUCAUUACUUUAUUUUGUCUUCGCGUUGUACCUGAUUAUCACUGGUGUUUA